UAGCAUCUCCCCACACUAGCUACUGGAAAAAAUGUCGACCUUGUUCUCGCAAGAGCUGCUCAUCUCCACAUUCGCCAUCAUUAUUGUUCCCCUCUACAUGUUGUACCUCAGGUCUAGCAGAUCAAAGAACCCAUCAGUGCUCCCCAUAAACUGGCCAAUAGUGGGGGUGUUCCCUUACCUUAUCGCCAACUUCCACAACCUGCACGACUACCUCGCCGUCGUCCUCGCCGGAUCAGGCCACAACUUCAGGGCGUACGGCCUGCCUGGGACCGGGUUGCGGUUCUUCAUCACAUGCGAACCGGCCAACGUCCGGCACAUCUUCACGACGAACCAUGCAAACUUCCCCAAGGGCGCGGAGUUCGCAGCCAUCUUUGACAUCGCGGGUGGCAGCUUCUUCACCACCGAAGGCGAGCCCUGGCGUCGGCAACGCGCAAGAGCCCGGAGAGUCUUGAGCAACCCACGGUUGCUUGCCUGUAUGACCGCUUGCUGCCACGACAAGGUGGAGAACGGCCUCCUCCCGGUGCUCAUGCACAUGGCGAGCACCGGGACCACGUUCGACCUGCAAGAUUUGACAACAAGGCUCGUGUUCGACAUGACUGCCACGCCUCUCUUUGGCAUGGACCCGGGCCUCCUGUCCUCGAACAUGCCGCCCAUGGACGCCGCGGUCGCCAUGAACACGGUCAUGGAGGUGGCCUUGUUCCGGCACAUCAUGCUGACCUCUGGCUGGAAGGUGAUGAGGUGGCUUUUUUUUAGAAAAGGACCCCCGGCCUCUGCAUCUGGGAGAUGCAUACGGCCACUUUAUUGAUUAUUCUCGAGGACCGUACAAAGUGUUACAACAAUGUGUCUGAAUCCACCAUCUUGGCAACAUAUGCCGCUACUCCUAUCCAAAAUGAUUAGGGGGUGCUAGCUGGGCCACUACCCAAAAUACUCACCUAAGCCUAACAUCAAAAGCCG